AUAAUUUAUAUCUUGACAUGAAUGGCAUUAUUCAUCACUGCUCCCAUCCAAAUGAUGUGGAUGCUCACUACCGCAUAUCAGAAGACAAAAUUUUCCUUGAUAUAUUCAACUACAUCGAUCAUUUAUUCACAAAGAUCAAACCAAAACAAUUGUUUUUCAUGGCAGUGGACGGAGUUGCCCCAAGGGCUAAGAUGAAUCAACAACGAGGUAGACGGUUCAGAACAGCUAAAGAAGCUGCAGAAGCAAUUCGAAGAGCUGAAUCUAAAGGAGAGGCAUUGCCACAAGAGGCACCGUUUGAUAGUAAUUGUAUUACACCAGGCACGGGAUUCAUGGCAAAGCUUUCUCUUCAACUCGAAUAUUUUAUUAACAAAAAAGUAUCAGAAGAUGCUAAUUGGAGAGGCGUACAAAUAGUAUUAUCUGGGCAUGGCGUACCAGGAGAAGGCGAACAUAAAAUAAUGGAAUAUAUCCGUAAUGCUAAAGCUCAAUCGGACUAUAACCCUAAUGUUAGACACUGUUUAUAUGGAUUGGAUGCAGAUCUAAUUAUGCUGGGGCUUUUGAGCCAUGAUCCACAUUUUGCUUUGCUUAGAGAAGAGGUUACAUUUGGGCCUAGCAGCAAAAAGAAAAAGCAUGGACGAAUAGAAUCGCAGAACUUCUACUUAAUGCACUUAUCGCUCUUGCGAGAAUAUCUAGAUCUUGAAUUUUCCACUCUUCGAGAAUCACUCCCUUUCGAAUACAAUCUCGAACGAAUAAUAGACGACUUUAUUUUGUUGGCGCUUUUCGUCGGCAACGAUUUUAUUCCACAUUUGCCUAAUCUUCAUAUUGCUGAAGGCGCACUUGGUUUAAUGUUUCAAGUUUACAAGAAAGUUUUACCACAAGCUGGUGGAUAUAUUAAUGAUGGGGGAUUAUUAGAUAUGAAGAGAUUAGAGAUGAUAUUUAAAGAAUUAACCGUUUUUGAGAGAGACAUUUUUGAAGGCGAGUUUGUGGAUUUAAAAUAUUUCAAAGGAAAGCAACGAAAAUAUCUAGAACAAAUCGAAAAAGAUAAAAAAAAGAAGAAAUUAGUGAUGACUCCGAGACAGCAAGAAAUCUUUAGACAGACUAAAGAGUUGGUUGAAUCACGGUCCCAAAAACCUAUUCAUUUUCCUGUUGAUUAUCCUGCGCGGGACCGUGUUUUCAUUCAAAAUUUAGCAAAAGAUUUAGCUAUUCAACAUUCAGUAGAAUAUCAUGAAGAUGGAGAAGAUAAACAUGUUUAUGUAGAAUAUGAUUCAGAAGAUGAGUCUGAAGAAGAAAUGAAAGAAAUGAGAGAAAAAGCGUUUAAAAAAUAUGAAACUGCAGAAAUUAUUGAAGAAGAUGAUGUAGAGGCUUUUGAGGAAAAAGAAAGGCAACAAUAUGAAACGAAAUUUAUUGAUUGGAAAAAAGAAUAUUAUAUGGGAAAGAUGAAUAUCGACUAUGAUAAUCCGGAACAAAUGGAUGGUAUAGUCGGCUCUUAUGUAGAAGGUUUGCAGUGGGUAUUACACUAUUAUUAUAACGGUGUAGCGUCUUGGGGAUGGUUUUAUUCAUAUCACUAUUCACCGAAAAUAUCUGACUUGUACGAUUUAGAAAAAUUUGAUAUCCAGUUCGAACUUGGUAGACCCUUUAAACCUUUUGAACAAUUAAUGGGUGUUUUACCCGAAGGGAGUAAAAAACUUUUACCACCUGCAUACCAGGCUCUCAUGACAGACACUGAUUCGCCGAUAAUAGACUUUUAUCCUAAAGAAUUUGAACUAGAUAUGAAUGGAAAAAAGCAAGAUUGGGAAGCCGUAGUUAAUAUCCCAUUUAUUGACCAAAAAAGGCUAAUAUCAGCUCUUAAUUCCAGAGAACAUCUACUGACUGAAGAAGAAAAGCAGAGAAACAAAUUUGGGGAAAGUCUCAUGUUCACAUACGACCAGAACAUAAACGAAAAAUAUCCGUCUUCUCUGCCAGAUUUUUUCCCAGAUAUUAAUCAUUGCCAUUGUCGAAUGGAAACCUAUUACCUUCCUACUUUAAAUGGUUUAAAACUUGUUAAAGGAUUGUGUGAUGGAGUUAAAUUAGGUAUGAAAGCUAUGGCAGGGUUUCCAUCAUUAGAAACCAUUCCUCAUACUGGAAUGCUUAGCAGACACGGUGUCAAUGUUUUCAAUUCCGAAAGCAGAAAUGAAACAAUGGUUAUUACGCUUGUGAAUGAGUUUGCUAACAUGAAAAUGGAAGAUAUUGCAAUGAAAACGGUUGGCAAAAGAAUAUUUGUUGGUUGGCCUUUUCUCCAAGAGGCUUACGUGCAGGCUAUUUCCGAUGAACUUUUCAGAUAUGAACUUGCAAAUUUGAAUGUUCAGAGACAAGAUGUUAGAAAUACCCAAACUAUUAAAAAUCCUCAAGUUAUUAAGAAUCCCCAUAGGCCGGAUGUACUUGAACAUUGGCGUCGGAAGGCUGACAAAUUAGAACAAAAUUAUAGCAAAAGAUAUGGAACUAUCACGGGAACUGUGGAGGGCAUAGCUCAUGUCUUAAUGUUAAAAGGUCUAAGAAGGCUGGGUAAUGGUGCAUUGGUAAAGGAAUAUGCAAGUCCCAACGAAGAAAUGGACUAUGCAAUUCAGACAACUGUGAACAGCGUUGAAUGUGAAGAUCCUCGAUAUGAAGAAAAGCCGGCGACUCAAAUAUCAGAAGAAUUUCCGAUACACACCCAAGUUUUCUUCCUUGGUAGUCCAUAUUACGGUUGUCCAGGAUUAGUUGUCAAAAAUGCUAAAAGAAAUUUGGCAGUAAAAUUGAUUAUUGAUAUAAAUAAUAGUAGCAUGGCGUCUAAUUUCGGCAAAAAAAUUGCGAAUGAAUUUGAUAGUCGUGUGAAAUAUUAUCCAUCCUUUCAGGUUGCAAAAAGAUUAAGCAUGAGCGGUCUAACUUUGAGUAAAUUAACAGCUAGCUUAUAUGUGAUUUGUAAGUCAACUGAUCAGCGGGUCAACCUUGGACUUAAUUUAAAAUUUGAAGCAAAAAAACAAAAAGUAUUGGGAUAUACAAGAAAGUCACGAGAUUCUGGAUGGGAAUAUAGUGAGAAGGCGAUACAAAUUUUGUCACAAUAUAAGGAAAAAUUCCCUGAAUUCAUUCAAGCUCUUGAAGAGAAGCAUAAAGAUGAAAUUUAUUCUGCUGAAGAUUUUUAUCCUAAAGACGAAGCUGUUUCCAAAGUUCAUGCUAUAAAAGAGUGGUUGAGAACUGUUGAAGUGAGAGAUUUUGAAAAAGUAUCAUUGGAUGCCGAACAAUUGGAUAAGGAGGCAAUAGCAAAAAUAGAACAAGCAGCAGUUGAAUUUACUAACAAGCAAUUUUUUAAAAGACUCGUUGUUCGAAAAGUUCCAAGAGAUGUAUUAUUGAAACCAGCACACUCUUCAACACGUUUACAAGGACAAAAAUUUAGCCUUGGUGAUCGUGUUGUAUUUGUCCAGGAUUCUGGAAACGUCCCGAUUGCAGCCAAAGGUACAGUGGUUGGUGUUGAGAGAAACAAUAUUGAUGUGGUUUUUGACACUUCAUUCAUGAGUGGUUCGACAUUGGGCGAUAGAUGUUCUCUAUAUCGUGGUAUGACUGUACCUGGAUCUGCACUUCUUAACUUAACAGACAUGCAAUUCAUCGAUCACAGUCGAACAAAUCAUAGCAAUGGGAUUAUUGGCUCAAGAUCAAUAAGUUUUAAUUCGAACCACCUGCGAUCAUCUUUAGGGCUGAACGGUCAUUCUAACCACCAUAACUCAUACUAUGGUGGGCGUGUUGGGAAUAGUAAAAAUAACAAUAUGUAUGUAAAUGCGAUAAACGGUUCGCAGAAUGUGAGAGCAAUCAUGAGAGUUCGUAAUGGUAAUAAUGGUAACGUAUCUUUGGGAUCGAAUGGUUAUAUACCUCCUUCAUCAACGUCUUCAUCACAACGAAUGACCUCACAAAUGUAUGGUCUCACGAAUAAAUAUAUACCAGUUCAUACACACAAUCAUUACCGUAGUGCGUUCACCGGAAAUAUAAGAGGUGGAAAUGGGAAUGGCUUUUUUUCGAGAGGUAACGUUGGUGGGCGUGGUGGACAUUUUAGCAAUGGAAUGAACGGUUUUACACCCAGAGGGCGGGGUAGAGAUGAUGGAAAAACAUAA